UGAGCGAGGAAUUUGGGAUUGUUUUUUACUUUUUUUUCUGUGCACAUUUCUUUGUUUUGGGGUACACAACAGGAAAUGAGACGUCAUUCAAAGAAGAAACAUGCAGUGUUGCUCUUGCUGCUCCUUGCGGCGGCCUUCUACAUGGUGCGCUAUUCACACUCAUUCAACACUGACCCGAACAGGUCAGAGGAACCAAUGAACAUCACAUGGAAGGCAGAAAGGAUGGUCAGUAUGGAGUCAUGGGUGGAGCAAGGAGAUUACCUGCCUCUCAAUGUGACCUAUCAACUGCUUGCAGGGAUACCAGUCACUCAAAUGAGGCAUCUAUGCAUUGGACUAUCGUCGGUGAAGAGGAAGAAGGGCAGCUAUCUGAUCCCCACGUUAGUGUCCCUCUUCUCCCGAUCAUCUCCUGAAGAGCGCUCCUCCAUGGUGGUUGUAGUUCUGCUGGCAGAUUUCGAUGUCAACUGGCUGACGACCACAGUGACGAAAAUAAAAUCUGAAUUUUCAUCAGCACUAGAGCAAGGUCACCUGCUGGUCAUUCAUGUCGCUGAGGAAAGCUAUCCACCGACUACAGGUCUAAAAAGGAACUACAAUGAUUCUCCUGCGAGAGUAUCAUACCGCUCCAAGCAGAACCUGGAUUACGCUUUUCUUAUGCACUACAGCUCAGGUGUGGGCAGAUACUACCUCCAGCUGGAGGACGACGUCUCCGCCGCAAAGAACUUCCUCACAACCGUAAAAAAGCGCAUUGAGGAGCAAGAAGCUAAGAAGACGAUCUGGGCAAUGCUGGAGUUCUCCAGCCUUGGCUACAUUGGCAAACUCUACAAGUCGGCCCACCUCCCUCUGCUGGCACGUUUUCUCUUCCUCUUCUAUCAAGAAAUGCCUUGCGACUUUUUGAUGUCUCACUUUCGAGUCCUGCUGACUCAGAAGGAGCCCAUCCUUUUCAAGCCUUCCUUAUUCCAGCACAUGGGGACUUUCUCUUCAUUCCAAGGGAGAGAGAACAAACUAAAAGACAAGGACUUUGAGGAGGGGGUCUACUCCAAUCCUCCAGCGGAGGUUUUCUCUGACAUGUCUACCUACGGGAAACACUUUCCCAAACUAGCCUGGGAGGCCGGGGAAGGAUUCUUCUGGGGUCGCUCCCCAGAGAAAGGCAACCAUUUAACUGUGGUGUUUACAGACCCAAGAGUGGUGACAGGAAUAACUGUUGAGACUGGGUCAGAGGGGAAAGAUAUUUUGGGCUCAGCGGAGGUGGAAAUAGGACGCAGUGUGAUCAUCACUGCAAAUGAGGAGAAAUCGUGCAAAGAUUUUCAUAAGUUGGGAUCUAUGAAGAAUGGUUGGUUUGUGAUGCAAGGAGUAGAUAAAAACUAUGGAUCCGCUUCUUCGUGUUUGAGGAUACAAGUUACAGCUGGGCAGAAGGAUUGGGUCGUCAUUAGGAAAAUCAGGAUCGCAACAAAGCCCAGCUCACCUCCACAAAUGUGAAUUGGUGUUUUGGACCAUAUUGAGCGGUGGUUUGACAUCUUUAUUUUUUUUCAUAUCAAUUUGUUUCACCUGACUUGGUAUAUCUGAUUUGACUUGACACAAUUGAAUGUAAAUGCAAACCAAUGUGCCUGUUUAUCUUGAGACAUUAGCAGAUUUCAACCUCUAUUGAGCUGUACUCACGGCAACAACAAGAAAAAAGUACAGAAUUGUCAAGAGAAUAAUAUAAUAAUAUAUAGUAAUAAUAAUGGCCAGAGCUUUUUACUGAUGCUUAAUGGGUCCAAAAAAACUCAUGGUUCAUUUGUCACUGACUGAAAG